CGGAUGUGCCACGGCAAAGUGGCGCUUCCGGGUUUACAGUUGAGUUGAAUGUUUUCUGUCGCUUAAAUCGGAAUAAAGAGUGGAAAUAACUCGAGGAUGAGCGGCGAACACUACUUGGAACUCUGCAACAACCCCGUGCAGUUUGAAAAUGCGUCGAGCGUCAACAACGUCUUUUUUGACGAAGCAAACAAGCAGGUAUUCGCGGUGCGUUCAGGGGGCGCCACGGGGGUGGUGGUCAAAGGCCCGGACGACAAGAGUUCCGUUGCCUUCAGGAUGGACGACAAGGGAGAAGUGAAGUGCAUUAAGUUCUCCAUUGGGAACAAAAUUUUGGCUGUGCAAAGAACCUCCAAGUCUGUGGACUUCAUCAACUUCAUUCCCGACUACCCUCAUACAGAGUUCACACACGAGUGCAAGAUGAAGAACGCAAACCUUCUCGGCUUCUGCUGGACCAACUGGAACGAGAUUGUCUUUAUCAGCGACCAGGGCAUUGAGUUCUAUCAGGUGCUUCCGGACAAGCGUACGGUCAAACUCAUCAAAAGCCAAAGCAUCAACGUCAAUUGGUACCAGUACUGUCCCGAAACGGCCGUCAUCCUGCUGUCCACCACAGUGCAGGGCAACGUACUGCAGCCAUUCGCCUUUCGGACUGGGAGCAUGUCCAAGAUGUCCAAAUUUGAGAUUGAGCUGCCCGUUGUCCCCAAGCCUGCCAAACUCAGCCUCUCUGAAAGGGAUAUUGCCAUGGCGACCAUUUACAGUCAGCUGUAUGUGAUGUACCUGAAACAUCACUCCAGGACGGCCAAUAGUCCCAGUGCAGAGGUGGUGCUCUACCAUUUAGCAAGGGAGGGCGUGUGCAAAAAGACACACGUGUUGAAGUUGAACACAACGGGAAAGUUUGCUCUCAACAUCGUCGACAACCUGGUGGUGGUCCAUCACCAAAGUUCUCAGACCUCGCUAAUCUUCGACAUCAAAUUGAAGGAGUCGGACAGCGCUGUCAGCACGCAUCAGCCUGUUUUACCUGCACGCUCCAUACAGCCCUGCAGCAUUCCACUGUCAGGUCCAGCGGUGGCGCCCUCACAGCCUCCUGUCCCGUGCCAGCUGUACUCGUCCUCCUGGAGCGUUUUCCAGCCCGACAUCAUCAUCAGCGCCAGCGAAGGUUACUUGUGGUACCUUCACGUGAUGCUGUCGCCCACCGUCAACCUGCUGAGUGACAAGGGCAAACUGAUGGACUUCCUGUUGCGCCGCAGGGACUGCAAGAUGGUCAUCCUGUCCGUCUGCUCUCAGCUUUUGGACGGUGAGCAGAAGGGGAGUCUUCCCGUGGUGGCGACCGUCUUUGACAAGCUCAAUCGGGUCUACAAGGACUUCCUGGAGGCGGAGCAGAGCUACACUGUGGCGAUGGAGUCGGGUCCGGCGAGAGGCAGCGCCGCUCAGAAGCGCCCGAUUAGAACUCAGGCGGUCAUCGACCAGUCAGACAUGUACACGCACGUCUUGUCUGCCUUCACGGAGAGGAAGGCCGCCGCCCACAAGUUCACCAUCGCCGUGCUAAUGGAGUACAUCCGCUCGCUAAACCACUUCCAGAUCACCGUGCAGCAUUAUUUGUAUGAGCUGGUCAUCAAGACGCUGGUCCAGCACAACCUCUUCUACAUGUUGCAUCAGUUCCUGCAGUAUCACGUCCUCACUGACUCCAAACCUCUGGCCUGCUUGCUCCUGUCUCUGGAGAGCACCUACCCCCCCGCCCACCAGCUGUCGCUGGACAUGUUGAAGCGCCUGUCCACGGCCAACGACGAGAUCGUGGAGGUUCUGCUGUCCAAGCAGCAGGUUCUGGCCGCGCUCAGAUUCAUCCGCAGCGUCGGCGCUCACGACAAUAUGUCCGCCCGCAAGUUUCUGGAUGCCGCUCGUCAGACCGGGGACGACAUGUUGUUCUACACCGUCUUCAGGUCCUUCCAGCAGAGGAAUCAGCGGCUUAGGGGAAGCCCCGCCUUUAACACAGGAGAGCACUGCGAGGAACAUGUGCUUCACUUCACUCAGCUGUUUGGCGAACAGGCGCAGAUGAAGGCCUCCACCAUCUGACUUCUUGUACCAGGGGAGUCUUUUUUUCAUGGAAGCCCUCUUCUGACACUCAAACAUAAAAUUAUAUCCCAACGUUAAGUCAUAAUUAUGAGAUAACCUUUCUUGUCUCAUAAUUUCGACUUCAAGUCAUAAUUAUGAGAUGAAGUCAAAAUUAUGAGACAAUAAAGGCGAAAUUAUGAGAUGAAAAAUGAUAAUACUUUGGACUUUUUAGCUCAUUAUGACUUUCUAUAAAUAAGAGUCAUGUUUAUGGGAUAAGAAAGUCAAAAUUAUGAGAGGAAAAGUCAUAAUUAUGAGAUAAAAAAAUGAUAAUACUUUGGACUUUUUAGCUCAUAAUUACGACUUUCUAUAAAUAAUAGUUGUGUUUAUAAGAUAAAGUCAAAAUUAUGAGAUGAAAAGUGGUAAUUAUGAGAUAAAAAAUGAUAUUACUUUGGACUUUUUAGCUCAUUACGACUUUCUAUUAAUAAGAGUCAUGUUUAUGGGAUAAGAAAGUCAAAAUUAUGAGAGGAAAAGUCAUAAUUAUGAGAUAAAAAAAUGAUAAUACUUUGGACUUUUUAGCUCAUAAUUACAACUUUCUAUAAAUAAGAGUCGUGUUUAUAAGAAAGUCAAAAUUAUGAGAUGAAAAGUGGUAAUUAUGAGAUAAAAAAUGAUAAUUGGACUUUUUAGCUCAUAAUUACGACUUUUUAUAAAUAAGAGUCAUGUUUAUGAGAUAAGAAAGUCAAAAUUAUGAAAUGAAAAGUAGUAAUUAUGAGAUGAAAAAUGAUAUUACUUUGGACUUUUUAGCUCAUAAUUACAACUUUCUAUAAAUAAGAGUCAUGUUUAUAAGAAAGUCAAAAUUAUUAGAUGAAAAGUGGUAAUUAUGAGAUAAAAAAUUAUAAUUGGACUUUAGCUCAUAAUCACGACUUUCUAUAAAUAAGAGUCAUGUUUAUAGGAUAAGAAAUUAGAAAAAUAUGAAAUGAAAAGUAGUAAUUAUGAGAUAAAAAAUGAUAAUACUUUGGACUUUUUAGCUCAUAAUUACGACUUUUUAUAAAUAAGAGUCAUGUUUAUGAGAUAAGAAAGUCAAAAUUAUGAAAUGUAAAGUGGUAAUUAUGAGAUAAAAAAUGAUAUUUCGGACUUUUUAGCUCAUAAUUACGACUUUCUAUAAAUAAGAGUCAUGUUUAUGAGAUAAGAAAGUCAAAAUGAUGAGAGGAAAAGUCAUAAUUAUGAGAUAAAAAAUGAUAAUACUUUGGACUUUUUAGCUCAUAAUUACAACUUUCUAUAAAUAAGAGUCAUGUUUAUAAGAAAGUCAAAAUUAUGCGAUGAAAAGUCAUAAUUAUGAGAUAAAAAAUGAUAAUACUUUGGACUUUUUAGCUCAUAAUUAUGACUUUCAAUAAAUAACAGUCAUGUUUAUGAGAUAAGAAAGUCAAAAUUAUGAGAUAAAAAAUUCUAAUACUUUGGACUUUUAACUCAUAAUUACGACUUUCGAUAAAUAAAAUUCAUUUUUAUAAGAUAAGAAAGUCAAAAUAAUGAAAUAUGAGGUGGUAAUUAUGAGAUAAAAAAUGAUAAUACUUUGGACUUUUUAGCUCAUAAUAAUGACUUUCUAUAAAUAAGAGUCAUGUUUAUGAGUUAAGAAAGUCAAAAUUAUGAGAUAAAAAAUGAUAAUACUUUGGACUUUUUAGCUCAUAAUUAUGACUUUAUAUAAAUAAGAGUCAUGUUUAUGAGAUAAGAAAGUCAAAAUUAUGGGAUAAAAAAUUCUAAUACCUUGGACUUUUUAACUCAUAAUUACGACUUUUGAUAAAUAAAAUUCAUGUUUAUAAGAUAAGAAAGUCAAAAUGAGAUGAAAAGUCAUAAUUAUGAGACUGUUGAGAUUAUGAGAUAAAGUCAUAAUUAUGAGAUACAAUUUAGAAUACUUACGACUUUUUUGUAAUGUUUAUCUCAUAAAUAAUACUUUUAAAAAUUAUGACUUUUUAUAAAUAGGAUACAUUAUUUUAUAAAUAAGAGAUAACAUGUUGUAAUUAUGAGAUAAAGAUUAGAACUCAUGUGACUUUUUAUCUCAUAAUUUCGACUAUUAUCAAUUUUAUCUCAUAACAAUGACUUUUCAUCUCUUACUAUUUAUAAAAAGUCAUAAUUAUGAGAUAAAAAUUAUAAUACCUGUGACUUUUUGUCUCAUAGUUUCGACUUUUAAUAAGAGUCAUAAAUAUUAAAUAAAAAGUCAAAUUCAUGAUAUCAAAAAGUUAUAAUUAUAAGAAAAAAAUUAUAGUACUUAUGUGUUUUUAUAAAUAAUAGAUCAAAAGUCAUAAUUAAGAGAUAAGUGGAAAGUAUGACCUAAGAAAGUUGAAAUCAUGAGAUAGAAAGUCCUAAUUGAGAUAAAUUUAAAUUGUUAUGUUGGCCCUGCGAUGAGGUGGCGACUUGUCCAGGGUGUACCCCACCUUCCGCCCUCAAAGGGAAUAAGCGGUAGAAAAUGGAUGGAUGGAAAUAAGAAAGUCUAAAUUAUUAGAUAAAAUAAUUUUUCCUUUUAUGAAUAAGAUUUUCUUAUCUUAUAAUUGGGACCUUUUCCUUAUAAUUUUGACUUUUUCUAAAUAAGCGAUAAAAAGUUAUAAUUAUGAAAUAAAAAGCCGAAAUCAUGAUAUAGAAAGUCCUAAUUGAAAAAUCGAAAUUGUGAAAUGAGAAAGAAAUUAUGAGAUAAAACCUAUAUGUAUAAUUUUUCAUCUUAUGAGAUUUUUGAAAUCUAUAACUGGGACUUUUUCCAUAUAUUAUUGACUUUUUGUCAAGAAGAGAUAAAAAGUCAUAAUUAUGAAAUAAAAAGUUGAAAUUGUGCAAUACAAAAUGUCAAAAUUAUGAAAUAAAAACCCAUAAUUAUCUUAAUUUUUUAAAAUCUUGUAACUAAUUUCGACUUUUUAUGAAUUAAUUAAAAAUAGUCGUAACUACGAAAUAAAGUCAAAAUUAUGACAUAGAAAGUCCCAUUUAUGAGAAAGUAGAAAAUUAUGAAAUAAAUAUAAAAUGAUGAAAUAGUCAAAAUUAUGUGAUUAAAAAGUCAUAAUUAUGAAAUAAGUCGAAAUGAGAAAUUAAAAAGUCAUAGUUAUCACAUAAAAAGUCCAAAUGAUAAGUUAAAAGGUCAUUAUUAUAAGUUAAGUCAAAAUUAUGAAAUAAAAAGCCCUAAUCAUACGAUAGUCAUUAUUAUGAGACAAAAAGUUGUACUUAUCGAUUUGUCCAGGGUGUACCUACCUUCCGCCCGAGUGCAGCUGGGAUAGGCUCCAGCCCCCCCUGCGACACAGAUCGGGACAAGCGGUAGAAAAUGCAUGGAUGGAUAAAAUGUCCUAUUUAUGGGAUGAAAAAUGUAAUUUAUGCCUUUUUAUAUUAGGACUUUUUUUUAAAUCUCACAAUUAUGACUUACCAUUGGGGUAUUUAAAAAAAAAAAUUUGUGGCUGAAGCGGGCUGUCCAUGCUUUUCAGCGAGGGCCAUGUACAGAAAAUGUAAAUAAUUUUUUUUUAAGGAAGACAUUUAGAAAAUGGAUGGAUUUUGGACAAUUGUACACUUCAAGUCUGACCAAGCACUCCAAAACCUUCGCUUCCUGUAACUGUCCCAACUCUUUUGUCCAGACAUGGUGCACGGUUAUUGAGGCUCCAUCACAGGUCAAUAACUUUAGAAAACUCUCACACAAGCAGGAAAUGGAAUCGACUUCUUGUUACACGGACGCCGGGAGACAGGAAUUUGACUUAUCAUCUUUAUUUUCUUUGCAUCUUAUUUGUCUGAAAUACACAACAUAUUUGUGUCUUCA